UUUUAUUUAAUUUUUUUAAUUUUCAAAAUUUUUUGGGGCUUUGAAAAAUUAACUCAUGACCAGAAGCGGCACUAGGAAACGGGUGGAUGCCCCUGCCACCCCAUCGCGAAGGUCGAGCAAGAGGAUCCAAGGCAGGAAGCCAGGGCAAGUCCUCAGUUCAAGCCUCCUGCGACGCAUUUGUCGCAUGCCGCCCGAAGGAAAAAGGGCCUAUACGAAGGCGAAGGUCUGGUACCUCAAUCCUCAGUUCAGGAAAGACCACGAGGCUGGCUCUAGGUCCGUUUGCAACGUGUGCCGCGAGGUGCAUCCGCCGCGAGGAUCCGACGAGCAGGCUCCGGUGAAAGUUCAGCAGGAAGUCCAAACAGAGAAAGUCUGCAGCUGCAGUUCCAGUUCCGGUUCCAGUGGUGAUCAGACCAGCAAGGAUUAAGUCCAUUGAAGGUCGCUUUUGCCAGUCUUUAGACAAUGUCUACUCGUGAGAUCUGCUCAAUAAACAGCGUGUUUUAGGG